GCUCCCAUACCCACUAGCUCUUCCUCCUCAUCCAACCUCAUACACAGUGCAUAUAUACUGUUCUUGCAUUGCUUUGCCGUGGGAAGGAAAAAUCCGGCAGAUCCCUCCGAUGGAGGGGGCGGUGGCGGGCGCUGUUGUGACGGGAGCGAUGAGGACGCUCCUGCCCAAACUCGCCGCCUUGCUGGGGAAGAAGUACAAACUGUCGAGGGGCGUGGAGAAGCAGAUCUCGUCCAUGAAAGAUGAGAUGAGCAGCAUGAAUGCUCUGCUCUUGAAGCUGUCCGGGGUGGAGGAUCUCGAUGUGCAAGACAAGGAGUGGCGUGACAAGGUGCGUGAGCUCUCCUAUGAUAUGGAAGACUGCAUCGACAUCUUUAGGCAUGAGCUCGAUGGCGGUACCGCCAAGGGCUGGUAUAAGCGCAGGCUCAAGAAGCUCAAGUCGCGCUACAAGAUUGGCAAGCGGAUCGAAGAACUCAAGGCUCAGGUGGUGGAAGCAAGAAAUUGCUACAGUAGAUAUAAGUUGCAGGAGCGCGUUGGCUGUGCUCGGCCUCAGGACCAUGCGAAAAUUGACCCUCGUCUGCAGGCACUCUAUGCAGAUCCUGGCACCCUUGUCGGCAUAGAUGGCCCAAAAGGCAAGCUCGUGGAGUUGCUAAGGAUGGAGGAGAACGCACCGCAACUGAAGGUGGUAUCAGUUGUUGGAUUUGGGGGCAUGGGAAAGACAACCCUCACAAAACAAGUCUAUGAGAAGAUCAGGAGAGAUUUCGAUUGCACGGCCUUUGUGUCGGUGUCUCAAAAUCCCAGCAUGGUCAAAGUAUUGUCAGAUAUACACAAAGGAGUUUGGAGCUGGGUGCCUUCAAGCCUGAAUGACGAAGCCCAGCUCAUCGACCGACUCAGGACACGUCUCCAAGACAAAAGAUACCUUAUCGUAAUUGAUGAUUUGUGGUCAAGUGGAGCCUGGGACGUUAUUAAAUGUUUAUUUGUGGAAAAUAAUCUUGGCAGUAGAGUUAUAACAACCACACGUAAUGAAGAUGUUGCUCGGCAUUGCUGUUCUUCUUUCCGCGGCCAUGUCUACAAGAUCAAACCUCUUAAUAAUCUUGACUCAAAGAGAUUAUUUCAUAGAAGGAUUUUUCACACUGAAGAUGCUUGUCCGGAGCAACUGAAGAGUGUUUCAGAUGGAAUUAUAAAGAAAUGUGGAGGGGUGCCAUUAGCCAUACUUAGUGUGGCCAGCAUUUUGGCUAGCCAUGAAGAGGUAAACUCAAGGGAAAUCUGGGAGAAGAUACAUAAUUAUUUAGGUCUUCAACUGGAAGCAAACCCUGGUUUAGGGUGCAUGAGACAUGUGCUUAAUCUUGGAUAUACAGAUUUAUCUCUGGACCUUAAGACCUGCUUGCUAUAUCUGGGAAUUUUCCCAGAAGAUUCUGAAAUAUUUAAGGACGAUUUGGUGAAGAGAUGGAUAGCCGAGGGAUUUAUUCCUGAAAAGCAUGGUUAUGGUGGUCCAGAAGAGCUUGCAGAAAGUUACCUGAGUCAGCUCAUCAAUAAAAACAUGAUCCAGAUAGGUGAGUUGGAUGACUGCGGGCAUGUCUUGUCUUGUCGGGUGCAUGAUUUAAUGCUUGAAUUUAUCAUAUUGAAGUCCAGAGAAGAAAACUUUACUACUAUAAUCAAUGACCCGCAUAGCCCGAGCGGACAUUUGGCGGUACGUCGGUUAUCUCUCCAAGUCAGAAAUUCAGAUUGCAACGACCUUGUAGAAAACAUGGAUCUCACCCAAGCCAGGUCAUUUAACUUUUGGGGUCCUGCCCAUUGCAUGCCUUCUCUCUCCAAGUUUCAACUUGUGCGAGUUCUACAUCUUGAUUUUUAUGACUCCAAGAGAGAGCGGUACGAUGCAUUUUCCAUAAGCAGCCUUUUUCAGCUGAGAUAUUUGAGGACCAGAGGCGCUCGGUGCAAGGAACUGCUGAAGCAACUGCGAACAUUACAAAAAUUGAAGACAUUGGAGAUAGUCGAUGCAGAUGAUUAUUUAAAGCUAGAUGUUCGUGAGUUACCGUCGACGUUGUGGUAUCUGAUUGUCCCGGCAGGUGUGGAUCUGAUUGGUGGGAUCGGCAGGAUGACAUCUCUCCGUACUUUGGCUGAAUUCGAGAUAAUUCUGGAUGAUGUGGAUAGAAUGAAGAGUCUUGGUGAUCUGAGCAAUCUAAGGGAAUUACAGCUAUUCCGUUGCCAAUAUGGUAUCGGAGAUACUUGCGAUUCUCUGCUCUCCUCCCUCCGCAGGCUGGGCAGCCUUCAGUCCCUAACUAUCAGGGGUUCCCUCAACGUUGACGUCUUGACUUGUUGGUCCCCACCUCCACGCCAUCUCCAGAGACUGCACGUGCUGGAAUGCCCCUUCUCCACUGUCUCUGAUUGGAUCGCCCAGCUCGACAUGCUCAGGAGCUUAAAAGUUGAAGUUGUGUCUCUGCAGAGGGAUGGUGUUGAGGUUCUUGCCAGGCUGACCUUGCUGGUGCACCUUAGGUUGCACGUUACGGAGCAUGUUCCGGAAGAAGGCGUGGUUGUUCCCGGUGGAGUGUUCCCAAAUCUCACGGAUUUUUGUUUCAGAUCUCUAGUGCCUUGCCUCAAGUUCGAGGCAGGGGCAAUGCCGAGGGUUCAGAGUCUCACCAUACAGUGUUAUGCACAAGCAGCCCGGCAAAGCGAUGGUAUACUUGAUGGCAUCGAGCACCUGCGGAGCCUCAAUGCAUGUAAGGUGCAUAUUUACAAGCGGAGGGACUUCCUUUCUAGGUUCCUACGUUCUCGACCGCCACACGUGGAGGAGCUUCCAACGACGUGGGACAUGCAGAGUUUGGAGGCUGCCGUCAGGGUGGCCAUCAGCAAACAUCCUGGAAGCCCAGAUAUUAGCAUAUCAUAUGUGUAAAGUGGCACAGCACCGUCGUCAAGAGCGGAGGUCAAAGUGGGUAUAUGAAUGCAAUGGGGGUGCUGUAUAUAUGGAGAGUGCCGCUCGGCUAUACCGAUCUACAUUGUCAGUGUCAUCGUAAUUUCAGUAUAUUUCGUGUGGCUUGCCUAUAUUAAUCUGAAAGGACAUGUGUGUUUUGUCCUUAAGCCAUGGAACUUCCGGAUUAAGCGAUUCCUAGUCUUCAAAGUUUGUCAGCUCUGUAAAAUAACAAGAAGCUUUGCCCUCAUUUGGGCAGAAUUUCUCUUGCGAACAUCAGUGUUUUGGAUUGUUGGAGUGGCAUAUAUGUAAUCUAAGACCAAAUGGUUGCAUAUUUUAUAUCUUGGAACUUCAAUUAGCCACCUUGUUGCCUA